AGCAAUCUUGUGGCUUUCCUUGCCAGUCGAAAUGGCUCUUGAGGACCUGCUUUUGAAGCUGCCCCGUCAUCUCGUAAGCCAGAUCAAAGAAGAGGCUGAUGACCGUCCCAUUUUCAACAGCGCAGAUUCUUCGACUGCUGGCGGCCUUGAGAGGAACCGUCGAGUAUACUCGGAUCUUUCGUCCUUCCUUAGCGAUUCGCAAUUUGACCGUCUUGUGGAUCCCACAAACAAGGCUGCUGCCUUUGUCGUAGUGGACAAGGCGAUAGAGGACGCAGACGUGUGCCGUCGCGCAAGACAGGAAGCUGAGUACUUGCGAAGUGCGGGUCGAUUCAGACAAGCUUCUUUUGGGGGCGGGAGCAGCAAGUCUGUGGACACCAGAACUCGCAGUGACGAGAUCGUCUGGAUUCGACAGCAGGACCUCAGCGAACUCCCUGCAUGCACUCAGAUUGUUUCCCUGUUUGAAGAAAUCGGAGUAGCUAUCGACAAAGGCUUUGCACGAUUGGGCGAAAAUUUAGAGGUCCAGCAAACAGAACUGCAGUUGUCGGUCUAUCCAAAGGGAACGGCCGGUUAUGCGGCACAUAAGGAUACUGGAUCGGUUUCAGGCGCCGACAGGUUUCUAACGGUAAUCCUCUAUUUGAACGAAAACUGGAAGCCGGAAUGCGGCGGUUGCUUGAGGCUUCACCUGGAUGCCUGCCGCGUUGACAUUUCUCCCUGCUUGGGAAAACUCGUUCUCUUCAGAAGCGAGCAACUGGAACACAGCGUCUUGCCUGUAGCAUGUGCAGACCGUUUCGCAGUAACCUGCUGGUUCUCCGUUCGCCCUCGUGUAGCAGGUCAAUCGGGAUCGUGAAAUAGAUGUACUGGCAUGGAGUUUAUCACAAAUUUGGCAGGUGUUGGCAUGCACAAACCACGAGUGCAUUUACUUCGGACAGUUGGCUGCAUGCUUUGCCGGUUCCAAAGCACACGUUUUUCCUUCGUGGCAAUCAGUGACGUGGAGGUUCUACUGCCUGGCGUGAUCUAACCUUGGUUGACCAUAAAGUGUUCUGUCUCUCCUGAUUCGAGUGCAUCUUUGCCCGCCGUGUACGGGCAAUGUAUGAUAGUUGUGCACCGCGAACAGGAGUAGCUCUCGUAGGAUGAAGACAAAACCGUGCCGUGAUUUUUUUUCAAGCACGUCGACGCUGUGCGCUUCAUCGAUGUUCUGGUAGAAUCCGGGGUGAGAUUGUUCUUACUGCAGAAAGCAUUGGCAUUGUAGGGGUCGAUGGCUACGGUUCGUGACAUGGAUGUUGUUUCAUGUGACAUGCAGUGAAAAAGCUUGUCAACAUACGCCAUCUGAAAACGGGUGGUCCGCA